UUAGGUAGGUACCUACGGGCGGGCAUUCCUGCCUCCGUAGCACCUUCCGUACUGAAUUGUAAGGUACAGCAUCCAGUGUUAGUACGCUGCCGUCGACACAACGGACUCCCAACAAGCAGGCCCAAGACCGCCGCCCCCCACCGACUUUUUUGCCUCAAAACCCCACCCACACCCAUCGCCAAUACAUUGUACAACCAGGGCGCUAAAGGCAGAUACCAACGCACCUCAUCCUGGCUCGGGUGCUUAUCCAUUUCAUGCCCUCUUCGCCCCAGAGUCGGAGACUUUCAGGUUUGGGUUCGCACUGGACGCUCGGCAGCUGGGUCGAGACUUUGCCCGACCAACCGGCUUCCGCGACAGCUACUCAAAGGCUUCCCGCCUUCCAUCGUUUCCGAGCGACAUACGAGCGUCGUCGUCUCACCUCCAAGCUUAAGCUUAUAUUGCUCCUCGCCCUCGUCGGGGAUUUCCCGCCCAUCCUCUCUUUUUACGCGCGGAGACAAGGUCGAUUUUGCUCGCGAAAGCACAGGCGACAUGACGCCCGACGCCAGCAACACCAUCACUCACCACCCCUCCGUGUUCCAUCUGCAGCACCUCUCGCCAAGCCGCGGCAGCUCUCGUUCCCCAGCCCGCCGCAAUGCCUCGAGUACCGCGGUAGAGGCUGUGGCACCGUCGCCUGAAGCAAACGACGCCGUCGAACGUCACCCGUCGCACGCCUCCGAUGUCGAGAGCCAAGUGACGGCCGCCUUCAACUCGCGCAUCCCGCGCCUCAGCGUGGAGAGUGAUCCGUACGGCCUGUCCUCGUCGUACAAGACCGACUCGGACCUGGACCAGAUCAAGGCCAACUCGUCCCGUAAGCGGGAUGGUUCCCGCGGGUGCGGUCCCGUCGCAGUCCUCCCACCCUCGGACAAGGGCAACAAGACGGGGCCCAAACGCGACGUGCGGAAGCUCCGCGGCUUCUACGAGAACCAGAAUGCCGCCAUCGAGCGCAUGCUCAAGUCGGUAGAAGAGCACAGGGCCGACGCACGCCAGGAGCAGGGCGACGACCAGCUCAAGUUCCGCAUUGCCAUUUACGGCUCACUCGUCGCAAACAUCAUCCUCGCGGGUCUUCAGCUUUAUGCUGCCAUCUCCUCGGGCUCACUGUCGCUGUUCACCACCAUGGCGGACGCGAUAUUCGACCCUCUCAGCACCUUGACCCUCAUCUUUUCGAACCGCGCCAUCAAGCGAGUCGACCCCCGCCGCUUUCCCGCUGGCAAGGCCCGCCUCGAGACGGUGGGAAACAUUGUGUUUUGCUUUCUCAUGACGUCGGUGUCCCUCAUCAUCAUUGCAUUCGCGGCGCAGGAGCUUGCCGGAGGGCACGGGGACAAGGGAUUCCACCUGCCGUCCAUCAUUUCCGUCUGCGUGGCCUUCCUUACCAAGUUCAGCCUGUUCCUGUACUGUUGGUCCAUCAAGGACAAGUACAGUCAGGUCGGCAUCCUGUGGCAGGACCACCGCAACGACCUACUGGUCAACAGUUUCGGUAUCCUCACGUCCGUGGGCGGCGCCAAGCUGGAAUGGUGGAUCGAUCCUAUGGGUGCCAUCUUGCUGUCGCUACUCAUCUCGGGAGUCUGGCUGCACACGGCGUUUGGCGAGUUCAUGCUACUCGUGGGCGUGGUGGCGUCGGUGGACACACAGCAGCUCAUCACGUACGUCUGCCUGACGCACUCGCCCGCGGUGCAGGGCAUCGACACGGUCCGGGUGUACCACUCGGGACCGCGCCUCAUUGCCGAGGUGGACAUCGUCAUGGACCCCUCGGGCACGUUGAGAGACACGCACGACGUGGCCGAGGAGCUGCAGUUCAAGCUCGAAAGCCUGCCGGAUAUCGAGCGGGCGUACGUGCAUAUCGACUAUGAAACCACACACAAGCCGGAGCACGCGUAUAAGAAGGAUUUGUAGGGAGGUCGGUAAAGAGUCUAGCAGGCGAGCGAUUUUGGUUUUAUGAGACGCGCCUUUUUCAUCUUGCGAAACAGAAUAUGAUGGCGUUCAUGGGAACCAACUCAACUUUCUACACAGGAGUAAACGUCUCUCUGGUAGAUAUUCGAAUCCAUAUCUCUUGUAUAACAUAGAACAAUUCCCACCAUGAACACUUUAUACAUGAC